AUGCUAUAAUUUAUAUCUAAAAGACCUUUUUGUGUUCAAUUAAAAGACAUAAAUACAUUGCUUAGUAGAUUAUCUACAAGUAUCAAAGAGUUGAAUUAUGUCAAUCGUAAUAUAGAUAAGGCAAUCAAAUCUAGAGAUUAUUAAGAAAUACUAGAUAGACUUCCUAAUUCUAAUUCUUAAUUGGAUAAUUAUGGUUAAUUGUUUAAUAAUUAAUUUUAGGACUCUAAUGUGGUUUAGAUUCAUUUUCUCAUAUAUUUGAUCAUUUGGGUUAUGAUAGAAAAUUAGAACCUGUUAGAUAAUUUUUGGCGAAAAAAGCAGAUAAUUUAUUGCAAUAUCCAAUAAAUGUCUUAUGUGAUACAUAUUACAAUUUAACUCUAUUAAGAAGUGAUACAAAUAAAUUUCAAGAUCAAAUUUUAACACAUAUUAAAAUCAACUAAAGUAUUCCUGGAGAAUAAUAUGUAAGAUUACUUAGAGCUUUGACUAGAAAGUUUAAUUUAACAGAAGAUGAUCAUUAAUUGAUUAAAGUCCUAAAUUAAUUAAAUAUAAAGUAAUCUUAAGUCUAAAUUUUACUUAAAUGCUUUAGGUUAAUUGUAGAACAAAAUUUAAUUUAGAUAUUUUGCUGAGCUUCAUACCCUGCAUUAAAAACCAUUGUAUGCAUUUCCUGAUCUUUUUGAAUAUAUUGCAACAUAAAUAAAGAAAUUUCCAACUCAUAGUUAUGGUGAUAUCUUUUGUGCAUAUCACCAUUUAGGUACCACCUUUGAUUAAUCUUUUUUACAUAAUACAGUAAAAUAAUUUGAAUAAUCAAUUCAAACCUAUAAAAAUGGUAUGACACAAUUAGCAAGUAAUAUAUAUAAUUAAUAAUAAUAAGUGUAAUAAUAUAUUACAAUACUGAGAAUUGCAAAUAAAUUAGAUAAAAGUGAUAUAAUCAAAUUUAAUUGGGAUUUACAUUUCAAUGUCUUAAAAGAAUUAAUAUAAUAACGUGAUUUUUAAUAAAAAAAUACGAUUACUUCAUUUUGUUCACUAUUUAUUGAUAAAAUUUCUCAUUUAAAUCAAAAUGAAAAAGAUAAAUUAUUUGAAAUGAUUAUAUCAUUUAAUUAUUAAACACCUGGAAUUUGGGAUUUUAUGUACUAAAAUAGAGAGUAUUUAACCUAGUAAUAAAAUCAAUAGAUUCUUGAUGAAGUAACAGAAUUUCAUAUUUUCAGUUUAUUAAGUAUGGAUAAGAGUAGCAAUAAGUAAGUGAUUAAAAGUAUCCUCAAAAUUAUGUCUUUUACAACAAAUAUGCUAGACUUUAUAAUCUUCCAGAGAGAAAAGAACAGCAAUUCUUAUUAGGUGGUUUAGUUUUAUCACAAUAUGAAUAAACUACAGAUGAAGUUUAAAUUAUUAAAUUUCUUUAAAAUCUUACAAUUAAAAAUUAAUUUUGGAGUUCAUAAUUCAAAAUAUUAUUAACUAGUAUCAAUGGAAUUCAAACUUUAAAUUUUUGGAAAUAAUAAACAAUCAAAAAUACUGGAAGAGUUAAAGAUGAAUAUUAAAUAGAAAUAUAAAGACAUUUAAAUGGCGACUAUUAUUUGUUUCCAAAGGUCUUUAAUUAAUUUCAGUGUUAAUUUUUAAUUUGGUCUUUCUAACACUUUCAAAUAGUUCCUGUACUUGUAGCACCAAUAUUUUAUAGAUCACUAGGAACUAAUUAAAAGUAUAUAUUUUUUUAAGUUUAGUCUAAUAGAUGAAUUGGUGGAUUUAUUUAAACUUCAUAAAUGUAAUUUUAAUGAAGUUGGAUACAUUUGGGAAUAAAUGAAUUAUCCUAAUAAUAUAAAGAUACUUUCUUUUCUCAAAACAGCUAUGUCGGAGGACUCAUCUUAAAGAAUUAUUAAUAAAUUAAAAGAAUUUUGA